AUGUUUUAUAAGUUAAUAGUGUUGUGCCUGUUGUGUGGUGGUUUAGCGGAAAAAAAUGUAAUUUGCUAUUAUGGAACAUGGGCGACGUAUAGAAACGGUUUGGGUAAAUUCGACGUUAACAACAUCAACACAGACCUUUGCACGCACUUGGUGUAUGCAUUCGCUGGCAUCAACUCUCAAGGAACCGUUAUAUCACUGGACCCCUACUUGGAUCUUCCCGAUAAUUGGGGGCGUGAUAAUUUUCGCAAAUUCAACGCAUUGAAACAAAAGAACAGCAAGUUGAAAACUAUUUUGGCUGUUGGCGGUUGGAAUGAGGGCUCCGCAAAGUAUUCGAUUAUGGCAGCGAACGCCAACCUCCGCAAAAACUUCAUAUCCAGCGCUAUCCAUAUGAUAGUUACCUACGAUUUUGAUGGAUUAGAUUUAGAUUGGGAAUACCCAAAUCGCAGGGAUACGGUCCAUGGAAAACCCGAUGUAGACAACUUCACAAAGCUUCUUAAAGAACUCAGAACGGAAUUCGACAAAUAUGGUUUGAUGCUGUCUGCUGCUGUGGCGUCUACAAAAGCUACCGCGUCGUUGUCCUACGAUAUACCUUCGAUAGCGCAAUAUUUAGAUAUAGUUGGAAUUAUGACAUACGAUAUGUAUGGGCCAUGGGACGCAGUCACAGGCCAUAAUGCGCCGCUUUACAAAGGCGAAGGAGAUGAGAAUUCGCCUAGAGAAUCCUUGAAUACACUCGACGUUGCUGUGGAGUACUGGCUGUCACAAGGCUUUCCACCAGAGAAGCUUGUCAUCGGCCUCCCAUUUUACGCCCACACCUUUAAUCUUGUUAAUCCAAAACAAAACUCAGUUAGGGCACCAUCUUAUGGUGCGGGGAUUGCGGGCCCGUAUACCGCUACCAAUGGUAAUAUUGGCUAUAAUGAGUUUUGCGAUCUACUCCGCACACAGUCUUGGACCACAAAGUUCGACGAUUUAGCCAAAGUGCCAUACGCGGUACAAAACAGAAACUGGGUAUCGUACGAUGAUGCCGCAUCACUAACAUCCAAAACUUUAUAUGCCUUGAAACAAAACCUUGCUGGAGUUAUGGUAUGGAGCAUUGAGACUGAUGAUUUUCAUGGUUCAUGUCACGGAGAGGACUUUCCGUUACUUAGAGCGGUCAAUCGAGCUCUAUCUAAUGCGUCAAACCCUGGAAUUACUACGACAAUCACUCCAACCACUUUACGACCCACUUCAAAUGCAACUACAACAACAGUUCCCCUAACAACGAUCAAUCCUGAGUUCACCUGCAAAGGGUUCGGUUGGUUCCCUGAUCCAAAGAGUUGCAGAUCGUACUUCGUGUGUACCUCAACAGGGGAUGGGUCGUAUAAGCCCCACUAUUUUCUGUGUCCCAGUAAUCUAUAUUGGGACCAGUCAUUAAUGGCAUGUAAUUAUGCAAGCAAUGUAAAAUGUAGUGUCUCCGUUUCCUAA